AUGAUGGCAAGCCAGAAGUCCCGUGUGCAGCUAGCACCUCAUGACAUUCCUCAGUUUUAUCUGCUUAUUGCACUUUACUUUUUACAAGGUAUACCUGUUGGGCUGGCAUUCGGAACCGUUCCCUUCCUUCUCAAAACUGCUGCAAAGAACACAUCGUUUACGAACCUCGGACUAUUUAGCUUGGCAACUUAUCCCUAUUCAUUGAAGAUCCUUUGGUCCCCGGUAGUUGAUGCCAUAUAUGAUAGAAAAAUUGGUCGGCGGAGAUCUUGGAUCAUCCCUGUCCAAUUAGUGUCUGGGCUUAUGUUAUGGAUUCUCGGGUAUGCGAUCUCCAAGGGCUGGGUGUUCAAAGGUGUUGAUUCAUCAUAUGGUGGACCAGAACUAGUCAAAGAUAGUGAUGUUGACCUUAAAACUCUUACUCUGUGUUUCCUAUGGUUGGUGUUUUUAUGUGCUACACAAGAUAUUGCAGUGGAUGGCUGGGCAUUGACGAUAUUAUCGGAACAGAGUUUGAGCUAUGCAUCAACUGCACAAACUGUUGGGAUGAACGCGGGGUAUUUCCUGAGUUUCAGUAUAUUUCUAACCUUCAAUUCUAAUCAUUUUAUGAAUAAGUACAUUCGUUCGACACCUUUAGACUAUGGUUUAAUCAGUUUUAGUGGCUACUUGAAAUUUUCUGGGACUGUGUACUUCUUGGUGACUCUCUAUGUUAUGUUGUUUACUAAGGAAUAUCCAUUUAAAGGUAAUGUUCUGCCACUUUCAGCAGCUGCUAAAAAAGAUGACGCCUUCAUUAGCAUUGAAUUGACUCCUGCUGGAGCCCCUGUUACUGAUAUUGAAUAUACUGAGGAUCUUUUUCCGGGGAAGACUUCAUUACUGAACGUCUACAAAACGUUUCUUAAAGUUCUUCGAUUACCAGCAGUACAAUCUUUGGUAAUACUGCAUUUUGUUUCAAAGUUUGCAUUUCAAUGCAACGAAGGCGCGACCAGCUUAAAGCUUUUGGAGAAGGGUUUUAAAAGGGAAGAUCUAGCUAUCACUUCAUUAAUUGAUUUUCCAUUUGAAGUUAUUUUCGGUUACUAUGUGGCGAAAUGGAGUUCCGAAAAUGCCCAUUCAGAGCCUAAGAGACUGCCAAGAUUUAUUCGCCUUCUUAUUGGAAGACCUGGUGUUUUGACUCCAUGGCUAGUAGGAUUUUUAGGUAGGAUUGUUGCUGCAAUAAUGGGUAGUUACGUGGUAGCCACGUUUCCAGAAGAUGGCAAGAUUACGAAAGGUUACUUUCUGACUGUUAUCAUACAGCAUUUAUUAGGAGCAUUUAUGGCUACUGUACAGUUUGUUGGUAUAUCUGCGUUCCAUACUAGAAUUGCGGAUCCGGAAAUUGGUGGAACAUAUAUGACGUUACUGAAUACGCUAAGUAAUUUUGGAGGUACGUGGGCUCGUGCACUUAUUCUGCCCAUGGUAGAUUACUUUACAACGUACAAAUGUGUUUAUUCUGACGGAACGGUCUCGCCCUUUUCAUUGAAACAAGAAUGUUUAGCAUUAGGAGGAAAUGCGGUAGUUACAAGAGAUGGAUACUACGUUACUAACUUUCUUUGCGUUGCUAUUGGUUUAAUCUUGUACUUUUUACACAUCUGCCCUAAGGCCCAAUAUUUACAAUCUAUAUCAACCUCUAUGUGGAGGACCUAG